AAAUACACACAUCACAUCAUUGUGAUUCACUCACUCCACACUCCUCUUCUUCUCAAUACUGUGAAACAAACAUUGCUACACUUUUCUUCCUCAUUCUGAAACCCUAAUUUCUCAUUCAAUUCAAUCGCUAAAACCCUAAUCAAAUCAUUCACCACAAUCUUCGAUUACGAUCAACCAUGGCUUCCUCAUCAAGCAGCGGAUUAACAUUCAAGCUACAUCCACUGGUCAUCGUUAACAUCUCCGAUCAUUACACUAGGGUUAAGUCUCAGAUGAACCCUAGCCAUGCUCCUCAUAACAACACUGUCAACAAUGGCGGUGACAGUGUCGUUUCUUCCCUUCCAUCGUCACGUGUCUAUGGUUGUGUCAUCGGUGUUCAGAAAGGUCGCACUGUUGAGAUUUUCAAUAGCUUUGAACUUCUCUAUGAUCCUUCUACCAAUUCUCUUGAUCGUCCUUUCCUUGAGAAGAAGCAAGAACUCUAUAAGAAGGUUUUUCCACAUUUCUACAUAUUGGGAUGGUAUUCAACUGGCAGUGAUGCAGAGGAAGCUGAUAUGCAUAUUCACAAAGCUUUGAUGGAUAUCAAUGAAAGUCCGGUUUAUGUUCUUCUAAACCCUGCUAUCAAUCAUUCUCAGAAGGAUCUCCCUGUCAGUAUAUUUGAAAGCGAACUGCAUGUCAUUGAUGGGAUUCCACAACUUAUCUUUGUCCACUCAAGCUAUACUAUUGAGACUGUUGAAGCAGAACGGAUCUCAGUUGAUCAUGUUGCUCAUCUAAAGCCAUCUGAUGGUGGUUCAGCAGCUACACAAUUGGCUGCUAACCUUACUGGUAUACACAGCGCCAUCAAAAUGCUUCAUAGCAGAAUAAAGGUGCUACAUCACUAUCUUCUUGCAAUGGAAAAAGAGGAGGUUCCUCGUGAGAAUUCACUAUUAAGGCAAGUCUCGAGUCUCUUGAGAAGAUUGCCUGCUAUUGAAUCUGGGAAGUUUCAAGAUGAUUUCUUGAUGGAAUACAAUGACACCUUAUUGAUUAGUUACCUUGCCAUGCUGACCAACUGCUCAAGUGCAAUGAAUGAUUUGGUGGACAAAUUCAGUACUGCGUAUGAUAGGCAUACCAGAAGGGGUGGACGAACUGCUUUCAUGUGAAUGUUGCCUUGUUGCUCAUUUGUAGCUGUGACAGCUUCAAAACACUUUUCCAACUCUGUAGGCACAUAUUUUUGUCUUCUUCUCUUUGCUGCCUAGGCAUAGGGUUAUUAAAGCUUAGUAUUGCUUGGAUUUGAAGAUAUAGAGAGUAGAAGUAUUCGUGGAAAGUUACCAUAUUACCAUGCCCCCUUCCAACGUAAAAAGGAAAUCUGUUGGUUUUUGCAUUUCUUUAACAAAAUGGAAAGUUGAGGGCACACAAUAUGAAUUUUCAUUCGGAUCCUUUUGAGUUACCAUCCUUCAUUAUCGAUGUGCAUGUUGUUGUUAAAUUUCUUUUGCAUUUCUUGAUAGCUUAGGAUUCUUACUCGGUUAAGUAGAACUUAUGAGCCACUUUGGAUAUAUAUUUUCCUUUCUAAAAGCUUAUGAAAAUAUACAACUCUUUGUCAA